AUGUCCGACACACAAGAUGUCAGAGACGAGCACAAAGACACCCACGAAGAUGGCGGUGAGGAGGAAGAAGAGAUUGCAGCAAUGAAGAGGCGCGUUGCUGAGAUGGAGUCUGAAGCCGCCAAGCUACGCGAGAUGCAAAGUCACCUUGAACAAUCGUCGGAGAGCGUGCCUAGAGAAGACCGCGAAGACGUAGAUGCGCGCAGCAUCUUCGUUGGGAACGUGGACUACCAGGCGACACCCGAAGAGAUCCAAGCACAUUUCGCAACUGGGCCCGGGACCAUCAACCGUGUUACGAUCCUCCUUGACAAGUUCACGGGUCAUCCCAAAGGGUAUGCAUAUGUGGAGUUUUCAGAUCCAGGACUGGUGGCUCAGGCGUUGGUGCUCAAUGAAAGUACCUUCCGUGGUCGUGCAUUAAAGGUCGUGCCUAAACGUACAAACCUUCCCGGCAUGACGCGAGGUAGAGGCAGAGGCGGUCCUAUGCGCGGUGGUCGAGGAGGAUUCGGUGGACGAGGAGGUUUCGGCGGCGGCUAUGGCGGCGGCUAUGGUGCUCCAAGAGGGGGUCCGCGGGGCGGGUUUAGAGGACGCGGCCGUGGGUUUGCACCGUAUUGA